CACCGUCAGCCCACAAUUUAGUCUGGGGACCGCGCUCCUUGUCCUCCCCUCUUCCUGCCUAGCGGUGCCCGAGCUCAGGCCCCACCUCUUCUUCUUCCCUUGCCCGCCUCUGCAGCGUGACAGAGCCGGCUGGCUACUGCUACCGCUACCUCUCCGCCUUUCUUUCUGUGCUGGGAUCCGCCGCCGCCGCCGCCGCCUUUAGCGUUGCCCACUGUCGAGUAGAAGGGAGAGAUCAGCAACAAGUGCUGCAGCUCCGCGUCCUCCUACAGACGUCUCCUGGCGGCUUACACUUUGCACCCCAAGCUCGUGAUUUCUCCGAGGAGUACGUAACCAUUGACAGACCGCAUGGGUUAUACAAUGGAAUCCCUGGAUAAAACAAUCAAUAACUAUCUCGAUGUUUGGCUUGGACCAAGAGAUCCCAGAGUAAAAGGAUGGCUUCUUUUGAAUAACUACAUGCCUACCUUUAUCUUCUCUGUCUUGUACUUAAUAAUUGUAUGGUUAGGACCAAAGUAUAUGCAGAACAGACAGCCAUUCUCAUGCAGAGGUAUUCUAGUGGUCUACAAUCUUGGGCUUACACUUUUGUCGCUCUAUAUGUUUUAUGAGCUGGUGACAGGAGUAUGGGAAGGAGGAUAUAAUUUCUUCUGUCAGGAUACACACAGUGGAGGUGAAGCUGAUAUGAAGAUCAUACAUGUCCUCUGGUGGUACUACUUCUCAAAGCUCAUUGAAUUUAUGGAUACAUUCUUUUUCAUUUUACGGAAAAAUAACCAUCAGAUCACUGUUCUUCACGUCUACCACCAUGCAACUAUGCUGAACAUCUGGUGGUUUGUUAUGAACUGGGUGCCUUGUGGCCACUCCUAUUUUGGUGCCACUCUGAACAGCUUUAUCCAUGUCCUCAUGUACUCCUACUAUGGAUUAUCGGCUGUUCCAUCCAUGCGUCCAUAUCUCUGGUGGAAGAAGUAUAUCACUCAAGGGCAGCUGAUUCAAUUUGUCCUGACAAUCUUCCAGACAAGCUGUGGGGUUGUUUGGCCUUGUGCAUUUCCUAUGGGAUGGCUGUACUUCCAGAUAGGCUACAUGAUCUCCUUGAUUACCCUUUUCACAAACUUCUAUAUUCAGACUUACAACAAAAAGGCAGCCUCCAGAAGGAAAGACUACCAGAAUGGCUCUGCGGCUGCUGUGAACGGGUACACAAAUAGCUUUUCUUCCCUUGAGAACAAUGUGAAGCAACGAAAACAAAGAAAGGAUUGAAGGCAAAACUGAAAAACCAUUUUGAUAUUCCAGGCGGCAACAACUACAACAAAAAAUCAUCUGAUUGUAAGCACAAUAUGUGUUGUGCACUGAUAACUCUUGAUGGCUACUGUAACUAUUCCUGCCUAGAAUAGAGGCAAUUUAUGUAGGACUUAACCAGUGCAAAACAUCCUAGAAACUAUUCAGUAGACUAAAAGUUGGUGAUGUUAAUAAUACUGGUUGGUCCAAGAUCCAAGUAUAAACUGUGGAAGGGAGUAUUAUUGUAGAGUGUGUGUGUGUGUGUGCGUGUGCGUGUGUGUGUGCGUGCAUGUGUGUAUGUAUGUGUAUAUAUGUGUGUAUAUAUAUAUACAUAUAUAGACACUACUGUUGCCUUACUAGUCAAUAUGAUAGGUGCUGAAUUAUGAUUCACAAUUUCAAAACUGUAAUCCAAACUCAUAUUUUUAAACUGUAGAUAAUGCAUGUGAUUGUAAUUUGUAUAAUAAAGUUAUUUGUUUUUUAUUUUUUAUUUUUCAGUAGUUUAAAACACACAUGCCUUAAAUUGAAAUAAAAGCAGGGCCCAAACUUAAUAAUGCUUUGAAAAUGUAUGGAGAUAUUUCCCUCUAGGAGUGACUUCUCAUAAGGUAUUCGGGUAUCAGUACCCAGACAGAGAUGUGUUGCGUCCGUUAGAGAGGGCACACAGGGGUAUAAAUUGAGCCUUUCUCCCUUCAAAAUGCUUGUGACAACCUGGAAAAGCCUAGGUAAGCACUCGCUUGCAAAUGUUUCACAUGUGCCCUUGAUGUGAAAUGCCUGAGCUCUGUGUUCGGGAAUCACAAUUACAACAUGCAUUGUACAGAAACUACUCUGAGAUGCUUCACUCCUUUCAAGACUUGGUCAUCAAAGUCACUGUUCUUCUGUACUGUGUAGGAUGCAGUGUUAAACGUCUGCUACAUGUUACGGUGAAACGGCACACUUCUGGAGUAACUCUUCUUCAUCUGUGUGUUUGAAAGGAAAGGGUCACUGCAAGGGCACAGCCAUUUAUUUCUGUCUGAAGAGAUCUUAUUGGAUUAUGCUUGGUGUCUUUUAGUUCCAUGUCUUCGGCUUUCCUUAAGCUAUCACAUGCCUGCAACAGCCUUUUUUUUAAAAUUUGUUUUUGUUUUGCAUAAGUAAUGGCAAAUUCAUUGAUGCUUAAGCAGUAUAUACAACUUAAUGCCAGCUCUCUAAGCAUUAGGGAAUGUAUGAGGUGGACAGGAUUUUACUCCCUUAUAAAAACUGGUUGCAACUUGGAGAAUUUGCUCUGUGCUUUUAAAAGUUCUGGUGAAGUUGGAGAAGAAACAAAUGUGUCCUCUCUUUCUUAGGUCUGCCUUCAAAUGAGACUGCCUUCAUUUUGAGGGAGGAACUGGGCAAAAGCCACAGCUCCCCAUAGUUGAUGGUCUUAAACACACAGCGUGAAUCUCUGGGAUGCAGCCUUAUCUAACUUACCUGUGACUUCCUUAACUGCUAAGAGAUCUGCUGGGAAUUGCAGCAGUUAUAAUGCAUCCAUGUUCUCAAAAACAAUUGUUUGAUUAAAACUACACUUUAAAAGUGACUUAAAAGUAAUUUUGAGAUUUUGAUUUUCCAUGUUUAAGUUGACAUUCCUGUUGCUAUUUGUAUAGCAAAUAUUGGGUUGGAUCUUAAGAACUGCGAGCGGGUUUUCUCUUCUAGGGCAGGGGUUACUGACUUCUUUCCUACUGCAGCUGCCCAUGACCUUCAAAAAAAGCUGAUCCUUGGCGUCAAGAGACACUUGAAUGCAGUAGGAUGUGGCAUGGAGCUGAAUCUGGAAGGGGGGAAUCAGCAGAAAUUUGGGGAGGCCAUUAUAUGAGCGGAAAUGCUUUCCGCUCCCUCAAGGAGCCCUUUAGAUCCAUCAGCCCAUUGACUUUAAAACAUGCCUGCAGCAAAAUAUUUUGAUUAGGACUUCUUGGAGGGGGGGGGGGAGUUACAAAAUCUGCAAGUUGGACCAUGCCAGAUUUUUAUUGUUGUCACAUGAAAAACCCUUGGAAACACGUUGGUGAUGAGUGUCUGUUUCCUUGUGUCUGUUCUGUACUUCCCCACGUGUACUUCUUUGGCUUGUUAAAGGUUUAUUUAGAAGUGUGUAUUGGAAUUCCGGUUUGUAAGAAUUCCCCCUGCACUUGUAGUGUCUGUUGUAAAGCAGGCAUCUGUAACAGAUUGCUACAUAAUAUGAUGGGGUUCUAGCCUAUUAACAUGUCGUUUGUUGAACUUUGUUGUGUUUAGCCAUCUUAUUGCUUGUAUCCCUGAAUUUAUAUAUUAAUUAUGAUUUGAUAUUUAUAUCACUUUUAUCAUGGUUUUUGCACAGUUGAUGUUAGGGAACUAAUAAGUUCUCUCUACUAGCCUUGUGGAUUUUCUUUUGCAUCUUUUUGCAAAGAGAGACAGUAUCAGAUCUUGGGUUUUAAAAUAUAUAUAUAUAUAAUGCUCUCAAAGUAUGUGUCUAUGUGUCUUGGUUUCUAGGUACUGAUUUGCAAAGUCUUUACAUAUUUCAUACAGCAGCUUCACCAUUCCAAAUAUGCUGUCUAAAUAUGUGUGCUAAAAAUUAAAAAAAACCAACCCUAGCUUGUCUGAAAUAUCUGCAUUGUUAAUGUUUUGUUUUAAUUCAUUAAAUCAUUCUUGAUUA